UUCACUUCAUGAGUGGACGCCUCUGAGUGAGGUUGAUCAAAACAUUAACUGCCCAUCAAAGCUGCUCAUCAUAUGUGCAAGAUGAGACGAUACUUACUUGGAAUACUUGCUCUUUUGAAAUACUGCAUUUGCGGUGAUGUGCAGGACUUUGAUGGAGACAUUAAGGACUUUGUAGUUAGUAAGAGUAAGUUAUUUGUUCUUACUGACCAUCGACUUCAUCAGAUGAGACACGAUCUAUAUGAGGAGAAGAGGAAAGACAUCACUAAUGCCCCUGACCUUAACAGAGUCAACAUUCUGGUGCCUUAUGACGUGAACGACACCCUGAUAACAUGUGGGACUUUUGAAGAAGGAUAUUGUGAAGUUCUUGAUAUAAAUGAUAUUACAAACAGUAUUUACAAUGAAAGUAAUAUAUUGGUAGGACCGAAACAGAAUGAGAAAUAUGUUGCCUUCAUAGCUGGAAGGUACCUUUUAGUUGGGAAAAAAGACGAUGAAGCAAAAGCUGAAGAUGCCAGGUAUUCUGUUGUUACCUUAUGGAGCACUUUAGAUUCUCAACCAGGAGGGAUUUUCUCAAGAAUAGCAGAAGGAUCAGAUGCCAUCAUUGAGAGCACAGUGAGAGAUGUGGAGGUUGUUGAUGGAUUCCAGAGAGUUUCGCCCUCAGAAUCAUAUUUAUUUCUCAACACAAAGACUGACGAUGAGAGGAAAGUGCUCGUCCUGAGGAUGGACAGCUCUAAAGAGAGAAAGAUAGACAUCAUCAAAUCUCUGCAGGCUUCAACGAUACGAUGCUGCAGUGAUAAAGUUCGUCCAGUGCUCGUCGCCAGCACCGUUAUUCCAUCAGUGAACGAUGUUAUUUGGGCAGGUGUGUUCAGUUCACAGAAUCAGGAGGAUCCGGAGAACAGUGCGCUGGCUCUGUACGACAUCAGUAACGUUCGAGGCCAGGUCAAGGGUUUCUGCGCUUACGGUGAAAAGUUAUGUGGUUCUGAGAGUGGUGGUGAACUUCAGCCGCUCUCUGUGGUGUUCAGGUACAGCUCAAUGUCAGCAGUGGCAGCAACGAGGAUUGAAUCCUGGAUUGUGCUGUUCAUAGGAACCAAUGAUGGACAACUCAUAAAGUUGAUGUUGGAUGAGAAAUAUACACCAGGCUGUCCAAUAAUGCUGUACAAAUCUAAUGAUGAACGAGCAGUGCUUCCCAGAAUGCACUUUGAUCCAGUAGAUUUCAAACACAUCUACAUUGCUCUGAAGAAACAGUUAAGAAGAGUGUCGGUGGUUCCGUGUGCUAAAUAUAGCACUCUGAAAGACUGCAGAGCUGCUCUGGAUCCUCUCUGCGGCUGGUGUGUGAACACAUUGAGAUGCUCCACCCAAUAUGAAUGUUCAAAAUCUUCAUGGUUGUCCACCCCAAAAAACUCCCUUCAGGAAAUGCUGUUUUAUUUUCAGGUUUGGCCAGAGAAAACUUCCAGCAAGAUUACUCUACGUAUUUCCUUGAGUCUGGAGAGCACAGAAAACCCUGCCUUCUCAUGCACCUUCACCACUGGAAGUGUAAAACUGUGUGACGGGUCUGAUCUGAGGGCAGUUUUUCCAAACUGCUCCUGCAAUUUUUCUGACCAGCUAAUAUAUACUACAGGUUUAAACAUCUCAGCUGAAGUGGCUCUUGGGGAACAAAAGAUCAAAGAGAAGCUGGAGCUGAAAAACUGCCUGAAUAUCAAAGAUAAUUCACCAGGGGCUUCUUAUACACAGUGUGUUCAGUGUAUCUCAUCUGGGUGUCACUGGUCCUCAUCCUCUCAGCGUUGUGAAUGGGCAGAUGGACCUGGACCAAAGUUAAACAUACAGGAUGCAUGUAAUGUAAAUGUACAGAUGGAAUAUGAAAAGCCAGAGAUUUUGUCUCUGGAGCCCAACAAGGUUUCUUUCCAUGGCAGAAACAGAGUUUCACUAAAAGGAAGGAACCUGGAAUCUGUUACUAAAAUCCGUAUUCAAGGGGAUCUGGACUGCAUUCCUAAAGAAUCUCCAGUGUUUGAUCGCUCCAGUGACACUUUAUGGUUCCACAUUCCUCCCAGUGAAACUAAAGGAAUAGUCAAAGUGUGUGUUGUUACUCCUGACGACCGUUGUCAUGGUAACAGCAUCAUCACUUACGGUUCUCAGCCCAGCUGCACUGGGAUACAGCCCACAGUCAGCUGGAGCAGUGGAGGAAGGAAGAUUCAUGUUCAGGGCAGCAAUCUGGAAUUUGUGGAAUCAGUUUCUGUCAAUAACAGGAUACAAGAUCAAACACAAUACAACACAAGCUCAGGGGAUAUGUGGUUUAACUCCCCCAGAUGCUAUGAUUAUUAUCAAUGUCGUUCUAUUACCUUGCAUGUGGGGAACUCCAGUCUGAACUAUGAGUAUUUGUCCUAUGAGUCCGAUCCAGUUUUCAUUGGAUUCACUACCUUUCAGGUGGCCAAUGAUCUACAGGUGAACAUUAAGAAAAGGGCAGAUAUGUUGCAUUUGAGUGUGAAUGAGGUGACUGUGACGGGUCAACAGGGAGAUCAGCAGUAUCAGUGUGUUUUGGAGGAAAUUCAGUCCAAAGCUGUCAUCUGUAAGAUUAAAGGAGAAUCAGGAGCCGUCACAGCAGUGGACGAACUCAAAGUAAGUUUGUUUUUGAUAUUUACGUAAAUGUAAUACUGUCUCUCAAUAGAUUAUGGGAGGGAGAAUCUCAGAUUUUUGCUUUGAUAACUGCCCCACUAGUGCUACACUGUUAAAUUUAUCAUAGAUCUUUGUCAACU